ACCAAAUCAAUCCAAAAAUACAACACAAUCAAUCCAAACAAAAAAAUCUCAAACUUAGAAAAACCCAUCUCAAGCAAGUUGAACCCAGCAAGCCCACCUCAAGCAAACCUAGAUUCGAUGGCCACACUCCUCGCUGACAAGCUCUUCUCCGACGGAAAGCUUGUUCCACUACAGCUCUCGUCGGUCAAACCUCAAGUCAAUGACGCCACCAUUUUCGAGAUCAGGUCACCGAAGUCUCCAAAAACCCGCCGGAGACCCGAGAUCUCCAGCACCGGCCUGUACCUCUUCUCUCCCAAAGCUCCGAGAUGUUCUAGUUGUUGGAAAGACCUCGGCCUCAAAAAACUCUACCACAACUCAAACCCCAAACCCGACCCAGACCAGUGGGGUGGAUUGUUGGUUUGGUGUCUAAUCGGUGGUAGGGGUGGUAAGCGUGCACACUGUAUCAACCAACUAGAAGCUAAGAUUGCAAAUUUUCUUGGAGGAGAAGGCGCCGUGACAAAUGUCAAACAUCGCUUGCAUCAGCUCAUGCUCUCGAUUAGGACCGUGAGCUUGCCAACGACACCAUCAAAUUCAGAAAGUGAUGAGGAGGCCGGGAUGAAGACAAUGGUGAAGAUUGAGAGUUGUGACGAAAAGGGUUAUUCCAUUGUGAACAUAAAUUGCAAGGAUCGACCAAGACUCAUGUUUGAGAAACAAUGGUGGAGAGAUCCGGACACAAGGACGCUAAUUCCUUUCCCUUGAGCAAGAGAACUCAAAAUUCCAUGCUGUG